AUGGAGAAGAAACCGCACUUUGUCAGGAGGGAGUUUCCUCCCAGGGAGGCGUCGUCCGUCUCGUUGGCGGUACUGCUUGCAGCCGUCCUGCUCCUUAACGCCUUUCUCUACCUGUUCCUCAACAAGUUUUACAUCUCUUCUGGACGUGCCGAAACAGACCCGGGCCUCUGCCCUUUCGGGCACUUCAAAUGGGGAACGGUGAAGAAUUGUUCCCCGUGGCUCUCCUGCGAAGCCAUAAAUAGGGAAGUCAGGAAACUCAAGUGUGUUGGUGAAGGUGCUGUGAAAAAGGUCUUCCUUUCUGAGUGGAAGGAAAACAAAGUGGUCCUUUCGCAGCUCACCAACUCUGAGCUGAAGGAGGACUUUCUCCACGGCCUGAAGAUGCUGAAAGCACUUCAAAGCAAGCACGUAGUCCGGCUGCUUGGCUACUGUGAGCAGCAGUUCACAAUCCUCACUGAGUACCAUCCUCUAGGCUCCCUGAGGGGCCUAAAUGAAACUCUCCACAUCCCGAAGUACAAGGGCAUGAACACCUGGCAUCGCAGGUUGAUGCUUGCUAUAGACUACGUGAGCAUCAUUCGGUACCUGCACAGCAGCCCUCUGGGCACCUUGGUGAUGUGUGACUCGAAUGACCUGGACAAGGUCCUCUCUCAGUAUCUCCUAACAAGUGACUUUCACAUCCUGGUGAAUGAUUUGGACGCUUUGCCUCUUGUGAACAGGAGUGCCGGCAGGCUGGUGAAGUGCGGUCAUCGGGAGCUCCAGGGCGAUUUUGUAGCUCCUGAGCAGCGUUGGCCCUACGGAGAAGAGGUGCCAUUCGAGGAUGACCUCAUGCCUCCCUAUGAUGAGAAAACGGACAUCUGGAAAAUCCCAGAUGUCUCCAAUUUUUUCUUGGGCCAUGUUGAAGGAAGUGACAUUGUGCGACUGCAUUUGUUUGACAUCCACGCAGCAUGUAAGAAGAAGGACCCGGCUGAAAGGCCUUCUGCCCAAGAGGUCUUAGACACCUACAGGAAAGUUUUAACUCUGCUUAUUCGGGAGGCGGCCAUGCCGGGUACUAGGGAAAUGUUAUAG